AUGGAUCCUUCGUUAGAAUCCAAUGCAAAACUUGGCAACGAGAAAAGCGAGGAUCUAAAACCAGUUGGAGAGGAAGAUGUUGACGCCCUGUGGUUUUGCAUGGAAAAGAUGGCUACUUUGGUGCUUCCAAUGGCUUUGCGGUCGGCGUUACAGCUUGGCAUCUUUGACAUCCUAGCCAAAGCCGGCGAAGGUGCAGAGCUUUCUGCAAACGACAUCGCCGUUGAGAUUGGCACCAACAACCCAAAAGCUCCCUCCAUGGUGGAUCGUAUUCUUAGUCUUUUGGUUACUCACUCUCUGCUAUGUUGUUCUGUUUCUAAUCCUCAACCUCAGAGUGAGAGACUCUACAGCCUCUCUCGUGUCUCCAAAUAUUUUGUUACUGAUUCUGACGGUAUAUCAUUGGGAUUCACGUUGACGUUGGUUGUGGACGAGGUCUGCUACAAAAGCUGGGGAGAACUGACAGGAGCAAUCGUAGAAGGGGGUGUAGCGUUCGACAGGGCUCAUGGCAUGAAUGCCUUUGAGUAUCCAAGUGUGGAUCCAAGGUUUAAUGAGGUUUUCAACAAAGCUAUGAUCGGCAACACCACUCUAACAACCAAGAAGAUUCUUGAAUUGUAUAAAGGUUUUGAGCACGUGACUAAGCUGGUGGACGUUGGUGGAGGUCUUGGGAUCAAUCUCAAAUUGAUCACAUCCAAAUACCCUCAUAUUCAGGGUAUUAAUUUUGACUUGCCUCAUGUUUUACAACAUGCCCCACUCUAUGCUGGUGUGGAGCAUGUGGGUGGAGAUAUGUUUCAGAGCGUUCCUUCAGCAGAUGCUAUUUUUAUGAAGUGGAUACUUCAUGAUUGGAGUGAUGAACAGUGCUUGAAGCUCUUGAAGAAUUGCUACAAAGCUAUUCCUGAUGACGGAAUGGUUAUUGUGGUGGAAACGGUUCUGCCCCUUGUUCCUGAGACAACAGUUGCUUCCAGAUGUGCUUUCACAUCUGACCUCAUGAUGAUGACUCAAAAUCCAGGAGGGAAAGAGCGAACCCACCUUCAAUUCACCCAAUUCGCUCAAGAAUCUGGAUUUAGUGGUGUCAGAUUCGUGUGCUGUGUCUGUGGCUUAUGGAUUAUGGAGUUCUACAAGUAG